AAUUAAAACAUUUGAUUUUUUUUUUUAAUAAUAAUAAAGAACAAUAAACAAAAUGGUAGCAAAAUAUCUUGGUUUAGAUUUAAGUACUCAAUCAUUGAGUGUUAUUGUUGCCGAUGAAAGGCUGGAUAUUGUAUGGAAAGAUUCCAUUAAGUUUGAUUCAGAAUUAAAGGAGUUUAAUACUCAAAAUGGUGUACAUCGGCAUAUCGAUGGAGAAACAGUUACUUCACCUGUACUCAUGUGGGUUAAAGCUUUAGAUAUAAUUUUGAUGAAAUUGGCAGAAAGUGAGUUGUCCUUAAAAGAAAUUGAAAUGAUCACUGGAUCUGCACAGCAACAUGGCUCAGUAUUCUGGAAAAAAUCCUCAGAAAUUACUUUAGCUAAUCUAAAUGUACAUGAAACCUUAGUUGAUCAGUUGCAGGAAUGUUUUGAACCACUAGAAGUUCCUGUCUGGAUGGAUUGUAGUACAGCUAAACAAUGUUCACAGUUGGAAGAUGCAGUUGGUGGCAGUAUCCAAUUGGCAAAACUUACAGGAUCUCGGGCUUUUAAAAGGUUUACAGGCAAUCAAAUAGCCAAAAUGUAUCAAACAAAUGAAGAUGUUUAUUUGAACUGUGAAAGAAUAUGUCUAGUUAGCAACUUUUUGGCUUCUCUGUUCCUUGGUCGUUAUGCACCUAUUGAUUAUAGUGAUGGCUCGGGUAUGAAUUUGUUAAAUAUUGCAUCAAAGAAAUGGGAUGAUUGCUUACUCAAUGCUUGUGCACCAGGCUUAGCUAUGCGUCUCGGAGAACCAGUUUCAUCGUCAACAGUUAUAGGAAAUAUUUCAAUGUAUUUAGUCAAGCGUUUUGGUUUCUCUCCCACUUGCAGACUUGUUGCAUUCACAGGAGAUAAUCCAUCUUCAUUAGCUGGAUUAAAUUUAACAAGUGGAGAUAUAGCAUGUAGUUUGGGAACUAGUGACACACUUUUAUUAUGGACGCAUAAAGCUGAACCAAAUAUAGAAGGAAGCGUAUUUGUUAAUCCACUUCAAGAUGAAGAGUUUAUGACAAUGUUGUGCUUUAAAAACGGCUCGUUAUCAAGACAGAUAAUUUGUGACCAACAUUGUGGUGGUUCUUGGAGUACAUUUAAUGAGAUGUUGAGAAAAACUAAACCUGGUAAUAACCAUAAAAUCGGUCUCUACUUUCAUGAGUUAGAGAUACUACCUGAGGCGCUCGGUGUUUAUAGAUGGAAUGAUAUAGACGAGUUAGUGAAUUUUUUUACAAGUGAAGAAGAAGUAAGAGCAGUUCUUGAGGGCCAGUUUCUUAUAAGAAGAUAUUAUGCCGAGAAAUAUGGUUUUGCAAUUGGCCCAACAACACGUAUUAUAGCAACAGGUGGUGCAUCAAAUAAUACCUCCAUCUUACAAGUUUUGUCUGAUGUUUUUGGUGUUCCUGUUUAUAGGAUAAAAGAGGAGAGUAACUCUGCUUGUUUAGGUUGCAUAUAUCGUUGUGCUCGCGUCAAAAAGGUUCAUGUAAUUUCCAAUCAUGUUUUAGUUUGUUCGCCAACAGUUGCAGAUGAAACGUAUCAAAUAGUGUUAAGUCGUUAUUCGCGCCUAUUAAAAACUGUUUUAAAAUAUUCAGAAAAAUCUAGUAAUGGUAGUAAGUAAAAUGAAUAAUUAGGUUUUUAUUUUUUAAAUAGUUAAGUAAAAUAAAUAUUUUAAAAUAUAAAUAAAAAAUAGCAACAGAAAAUAAAAACAGAUAUAUUCUUUUAAUAAAGAAGUAGUAAUUUUUUUUUAGGUUUUUAUCAAAAUUAAAUAUAUAUUGUUAUCUCAAAUAUUUUCUUUCUAACAUUAGAAUUAUUGAAUGAGACAAUUAAAUAAAUUAUAGAAUGUAAUAGUUUUAAAAGUAGAAAAGUGGAAGAUAUUACAUGAAAAUGGAAAAUUUUAAA